CAUUCAUCGAUGGCUCACAGUUGGAAAGGACCUGUCGUGUAGCGAAGACGCUGAUUGGAGAAACAGUGUAAUUUCUAAUGAUCUUCUUUCGAAUGAAAAAUAUUUCAGUUAGAAUCACCGCUAUCACUGUUUCAACAAUCAUUCAAUAUUACCCAACAAUCAACGAUAGUGCAUUGUGAAACCUUUCUGGAUCAAUUAAGAAGAACAAACAUCACACAUUAACCCGAUCAGUUCCUAGUGUCGUGCAACAUGAUGUACAGAAUAAUGGGAUGGAUAUGGGAUGGUGUGAUUCGAUUGGUCCGCCUUUCCGGUACGAUUCGCCGAGAUUUGCUGAUACUCAUCAUGUUUGUUACGUUGAACGAAUGUGGGGUUUUCCCGCAAUUUGUCAAACGAGGCUACUACUGUGACGAUAUGUCAAUUCAACGUUCGUUCACUGGGGAUACCGUAAGCACUAAUGUGAUUGUGCUGAGUGGAUUUGUACCUCUGUUUCUGUUUUAUUCUAUUUUUACCUUCCAGAUAUGGUUAACAGAGAUAAUAUUGUAUUCAACAUCAUCGUCGUCAUUAUGCAGCAGCUCCUAUGGCCAAACUCCUCGGUGCCCCAGCUCAUGGAUUCAAAGUUGGUAUUGGAUCAAAAAGUACAGCAAAGGGCUCAUACUAAAGCUUUUGAUUAUGAGUGUUUUGAAGACCGUCUUUUGUGCACAUAGACCACACUUUAUAGAAACUUGUUUACCGGAUAGCGUAUGUAAAGGGAGCGAAUUUGUUCCUACAUACACGUGUACAAACAUCGAUGCUCAUCCCAGCUCGAUUCGAGAUGCUAGUAAAUCUUUUCCUUCCGGACAUUCCUCGACAAGUGUCUACGAAUCGAUUUUCCUUAUUUGGUAUUGGCAAAAACGUAUCCCGAAGCUGACCUCCGUUAUAACUCUUCCGUUGUGUCAGAUUGUGAUGGCCACGUGGGGAAUAUUUUGUCCGUUAUCACGCAUAAUUGAUAACCGUCACCACUGGUGGGACGUUCUUGUCGGAGCUAUCAUUGGUGUAGUAGCUGCCGGUUGGACGUGCUAUUCCAGUUGCCACAACUUCGAUAGAUCAAGACUGAUGGGAAGAGAACUGAUCUACAAAAAUCAUGACACCAACAUUGUUUCCAAUAAAGAGCCUUUUUUGGCAUCUUCAAACGGCGUCAAUGGAAGAGUCAAAUCCUAACCACAUUCACGUUACCACCGAUUUAAAAUCGAACUAGGAUUUAAGGAACUUACAGGUAUUUUAAAAACGGUAUUACGUUUUUUUACGAAUUUACACACAAAUCCAUAGGAUUGUAAGUGGCAAUAGUUCAAAACAUGUGAUGUAUGUUUGCAAAAGGUAGUAACCGAGGACGUAUUGUGAUAUUAGGACUAGACCAGUGAGAUUGUUUAGUAAUCGUGCAAAAGCUUACCACGCUCAUAAACGCUUCUACUACAAAGCACAGGAAAUGAUACCGGAAACGCAGAUCACUGCAUGGAAAGAAUAGCAAUCAGCAUAAUGUCGUUGAGUUGCUUUGCCGUGCAAAACGUGUACCGGUGAAACCUAACACCAACUUGGUGGUUUAUAUUCUAACUCGUUUUGUAGUAGGAUAAUGUUUCUCAGGAGAAAAAGUAUUACAUCAGUAUCAAGCAAGCAGAACAUUGUUUCGUACGUGGGGAAAAUUGUUUACUGUCCCGGUUGAGAAACACUGUUAUAGAAGAAGUUAGAAGCAAAUGUAGGGAACCUUAGAGAACAACUUGCGCAUGUGAAAGUAAGCGGUUGAACCAGUUGCAAAAGCAGAUAAAAGUAGAAUGUACUUGCAUCACAUCAGCUGUGUACAAAUGAUAUUCAAAUCAUACUGUUUAUACAAGCAUAUUAUUUAUUUU